CAGACCCGAUGUUGACCUCUUGAAGACCCGUCAGAAUGACCUCCUGGCCCAAGCUACAUGCAGUGAGCGAGAGCGCACUGCCAUCGAGGAGGUGAUGGAACCUGCUGGUCAAGACUGGGACAGGGUCAACCGCGAGUAUAGAGACAGGCAUGGGCGGUUUGAGCUGUGCCUGGAGCAAUGGAGACAGUUCCACUGUGACAUGAGGGACCUUGGCCAGUGGUUGAACCAAGCAGAGAAGAUCAUCCAAGAUUGUCACAACUCAGCCGGCCGCCUGGAUGUCAACAAGGCUCGGGCAAGACAAUUGAGUUUGGAAGAAGGUAUCGCCAACCAUCAGAGCAUGGUGAGCUUACUGAACAACAACGGGGAGACCAUCGUCGCACAGACCUCGACCCCGGAUGGCGGCAUGAUGAAAGAUAAACUAGAGGGCCUGAAUGCCAGGUGGCGAUCAGUUUGCACUGAGGUGACAUCCUGGAAAGAAAGAUUUGAGGAUGGCGGAGAGCAGCUGGAAGGCUAUCGGGAAGAGCUGGAAGAGCUGCAGUCUUGGUUGGAUGAAUGCCAAGGCCUGAUGGAAGGCCCUCAACCAACUCCAGGAGAUGACCAGAGUCUUCAGGAUCUUCUGGAUAAAGUCAAGGAGCGUGAACGGCAACUGCCAUCCAGGAAAGACAUCGGCAACCACGUCAAUAAGUCUGGCCAAGGACUCCUCAUGAGUGGUACCCUUAGGGAGAGUCUGGUGUCUGAUAUCACCAUGGAGCUUAAAGACCUCAAUGAGCAGUGGCAAAAGGUCUCCACUGCUCUACCCAAGUACUGCGUCCGCAUGGAUGACCGUCUCCAGAACACCAGGGCUUUCCUGGAGGAGCUUGAUGAGUUAGGCAAGUGGUUGAGUGCCACCAUGGACCUCCUCAAGACCCAACAUGGACCCGUUGGAUCUGUCACGUCCGAUGAUGGAGAUGACUCCAUUAUCGUGGACCCUAAGACAAUGCAGCAAGCCUUGAGGGCUCGUCAAGCCAACAUGGACAGCGUGAACCACGCUGGGGACCAGCUGAAACGAGAAGCUCGUAUCAUGGGUGCUGCCAUCCCCGAUCCACUCCAGGACAAACUGGACAAACUCAACUCAGACUGGGCAAAGAUCCAGUAUCUAGCCUCCAGGCUCAAACCGACCACAGACUUUGAGGUGGAACAGAAAGUGAUCAUGCAGAGAACAAUUAUAUCGGAGACGACCAGGACGACGCGGUCGGAAGUCCACCGCACCCCGGUUACGGAUUCGGCAACUAUAAUGGAGACAGCAUCCCCAUGGCCCGAUUUCGAUAAGGUCGUCGCCGAGCUUCGUGAUUGGCUCACGCUUCUGGAGAGGAUGCUCCGCCUCCAGACAGUUACCGUCGGCGACCUGGAGGAGAUGGAAGAAAUGAUUGCUAAACAGAAGUCUCUUCUUCAAGACCUUGAGGAGAAGCAUCCACAGCUGGAUGAGCUGGUGAGCAGAGCCAAGACACUCCAGCUGGAAUCAAAGGCAGAGGGCAGCAAACAGAUGCUACAGGAAAAGGUUGACAAGCUACUAGACCUGUGGAACAGUGCCUCUCUCCGAGCUGGUGCCCGCUCCCGCAAGCUGGAAGCCAUGCUGACAGACUCUCAACAGUUUCAUGAACUGACCGACGAACUCUGCAACUGGCUCGGCAAGAUGGAACAGACCCUCGACAGCUACGCACCGGUAGGCAACGAGGUCAAUGCACUUCAGUUCCAACUGGAAUCACAAAAGGGGUUCCUCGAGGAGGUUGAGCAGUGGAAGCCGUGCAUCGAUGCUGUAAAUGAGUCGGGAGAGAGACUGAUUGUGGAUUACAAUGCUGAUGAUACCAAUCGCAUCCGCCAAAUACUGGACAAUGUCAGAGACAGGUGGACGGUCAUAUGCGACAGGUCAAACCAACGAUUACACGAGAUAGAGGAAACACUGCGGUCCAUGCAGGAUCUGAACUCCCAGUUGAUGUAUUUCUUUAGCUGGCUUGAGGAGCUGGAGCAACCCAUCGACUCCCUCAAACGAGAGACAGACAGCGAGGCCGCCAUGCAGGACAAGGAACAGGUGGAGAUCUGGUUGCAACAACACGGGGACCUGCAAGCAGAGAUUGAGGCCCAUCAUAGUGUCUUCUCAUCCCUGAAUGAUGCGGGGACUACACAGCUCAAGGAGGAAGACUCCAAGGAGGAAGCUGAGGUGCUGCAACAACGUCUUGAAGACAUGAACAGAAGAUGGAAUAAACUCCAAGGGAAAUCAUCCGAUAUCAGGCGGCGACUUGAAGCCAACGCUGAGGAGUGGAGUACAUUACUGAAAGCCUUCCAAGAUCUGCUAGAAUGGAUCCGUGUCAAGGAUGAGGAGCUCUCCUCCAAGAUGCCUGUAGGAGGAGACUACAACACUGUGCAGACGCAGAAUGAAGACCACAAGAUCUUCAAGAGCCUCUUAGAUGAGAAGAGGCCAACCAUUGAGAGGAACAUCCAGAUGGGUCGUCUGUACCUAACAGAGCACGGAGCAGCAGACAGCAGCGGCAGCGACGCAGCUACCCUUAGCUCCAGGGGGAGCGAUUCCAGCAGCAUGGACAACGACCCAGCCUCCACGGCCGAAGACCAGGCUCGCCAGAUUGUCCAGAAUCUCAGACAGAGUGUAGCCACCCUGCAGGAGAAGUGGACGCUGCUGAACGGCCGGUCAAACCAGUGGCAGAAGAGAGUGGAUGACGUCCUUGCUAAAAUGCUAGGCUUCCAUCAAGCGAUGGAUGAGCUAAAUGCAAAACUCCAUGAAGCAGAAUCCUUGAAGUCAAGAUGGCGAUUGGUCGGGGACAUCAUUAUUGACAGCCUUCCACAACAUAUUGAAGAAGUCAAGCGUUUCCAAGAGAGAAUAGCACCCGUCCAGCGAGACGUGGACCAUCUGUCUCAGCUCGCUGCCCAGUUCUCACCAAUCAGCGUGACGUUAAGCACAGUCAAUCAGAGCCGUCUAGAGGAUCUGUACAAGCGCUGGAAGCUACUGCAGAUAUCAGUGGAGGAACGUAGCAAGCUACUCAACGAGGCGUUGCGAGACUUUGGGCCGCAGUCACAACAUUUCUUGAGAGUGUCCGUCCAACAACCGUGGGAGAGGGCAGUUGCCGGCAACAAGGUCCCCUACUUCAUCAACCAUGCAUCCGAAACAACUCACUGGGAUCACCCCAAGAUGACCGAACUCUUCCAGUCUCUGUCGGAGCUCAACGCUGUCAAGUUUUCAGCCUACAGGACGGCAAUGAAACUCAGGAAGCUUCAGAAAGCGUUAUGCUUGGAUCUCCUGAGCAUGAACAGCGCAGACAGAAUCUUCCAGCAGCAUGACCUUCUGACCUCGUCCACAGAUCGGACAUUGGAUGUGAAUGAGAUCAUCAUGUUCCUGACUACUGUGUUUGAAACUAUAGCAGCUGACCAUCCAACUUUGGUCGCCGUGCCGCAGUGUGUUGAUAUGUGCCUCAACUGGCUCCUGAAUGUCUAUGACACUGCACGGAGUGGUCGUAUGAGAGCGUUGUCUUUCAAAUUAGCAAUCAUCAUCCUAAGCAAGGCACAUCUGGAGGACAAGUACAGAUAUAUUGUUCGGUGUGUUGCCAACGCUAAUGGUUUUGUUGACCAACGAGGACUUGGUCUCCUACUCCAUGACUGCGUCCAGAUACCACGGCAACUGGGUGAAGUCGCCUCCUUCGGGGGCAGCAACAUUGAACCAAGCGUGCGCAGCUGUUUUAAUAUGAGUGGAGGUAAACCCCACAUUGAGCCAUUUCAGUUCCUAGCCUGGAUGAAGCUGGAGCCUCAGUCCAUGGUGUGGAUGCCUGUGCUACAUCGCAUGGCGGCAGGUGAAACGGCCAAGCACCAGGCUAAGUGUAAUGUGUGUAAAGAGUUCCCCAUCAUUGGGCUGAGGUAUCGCUGUCUCAAGUGCUUCAACUUCGACAUGUGCCAGAAUUGCUUCUUCUCAGGUCGUGUGUCUAAGAAUCACAAACACUCUCACCCCAUGCAAGAAUACUGCACAACAACUACCUCAGGGGAGGACGUGAGGGACUUUGCCAAAGUUGUGAGGAACAAAUUCAAAUCCAAACGCUAUUACCAGAAGCAUCCAAGAGUUGGCUACUUGCCUGUUCAGUCAGUACUAGAGGGAGAUGAUCUUGAAUCACCUGUGACAUCACCACAGCAGAUGGCCAAUCAGGACAUGCAUACCAGAUUAGAGCUGUAUGCUAGCAGGUUAGCAGAGGUUGAACAACACGGCUCCUUCCUAACACCUUCCCCUGACCUUGAUGAUGAGCACCACCUGAUUGCACAGUACUGCCAAAGCUUAGGAGGGGAUGUAUCGUCUGUGCCUCGUAGCCCUGCACAGAUUGUGGUCUCUAUUGACUCCGAUCAAAGGAGCGAACUCGAGAGUCAAAUUCUCAUCUUGGAAGAAGAGAACAGGACACUUCUGGCGGAGCUUGACCGAUUGAGAGCCCUCCGUCAAGACGACUCCACCAGGGCCGAGGUGAGCUCCGAGGACGACUAUCACCCCUCGGCAAGUCGUGACACGGAGCUGGUGGCUGAGGCUAAACUCCUCAGGCAGCACAAGGGACGUCUGGAGGCUAGAAUGCAGAUCCUGGAGGACCAUAACAGACAGCUGGAGGCUCAGCUGCAACGUCUCAGGCAACUCCUGGAACAGCCUCCAGACCGUAGUGCGUCCCAAGCCUCGUCAUCCCGCACCACCCCAGCCGUCUCCCCAACUUCCUCCAUCAGCUCGUUACCACGGUCACGUAAACAUCCUCUCUACACCUCGCUGGAGACGUCGUCAUCACGCUCUGCAGCCAAUGGUGGAACCAGCGAUUAUGACAGUGAUAUGGCUGGUGACGACCACACCCAGCCUUCACCCCACACCCCUCCACACCUUAAGGAUGACCCCAUCAGGGAGGAUGGGGGUAAGGUGGACCUUGAUCAGGUCAUCAAAGAACUCAAUAAUAUCCCAGAUGAAAAAGGUGCUACUUCAACAGGUGCAAGUCAGGUGGGCAGCCUCCACCACAUGGCAGACAACAUAGGCAAAGCAGUGGGAACACUAGUGACUGUAAUGACAGAUGAUGAACACAGUGAUAGAGAGAAUGAGACGUAGGUGGCAGCAAACACUGUGAGGAAUUCACACACACACACACACACUUGGGCUUCCCUUUACACUCCUACACUCCGUAGCAGAGCGGCUUUAGGCUUCACGUGGAUCACAACGAAACAAAAGCUGAAGAAGUGACUGAUCAGUUUCUUCACAAGGAACCAUACAUGGGAGAGAGAGAGAGAGAGAGAGAAGAACGCUUAG